AUGGUGAGAAUCAGUGAUUUGUCUGAUGACUUGCUGAUCAAGGUAUUAUCGUUUCUUCCAACAAAAGUUGUUGUCUCCACAAGCAUUUUGUCCAAACAAUGGGAGUUUCUCUGGAUGUGGUUGCCUAAACUUAAGUACUGUGACUAUGAUAUCACUGGGCCAUUGUCUUCAUAUCGGGAUUUCAUCGACCAGAAACUGCCAUUGCAUAGAUCUCCAGUCAUAGAAAGCUUGAUCCUCAGCUUUCGUCAGAAUACUUUACCUCACCCUGAGAGAUUCAAACAAUGGGUUGAGAUUGCGGUCUUUCGCUUCCUGCGUGAGCUAACUGUUGACUAUUAUUGUUUCCUUGGUGAACCGCGUGAUGUAUUAUCAUUGCCGAGUAGUUUGUAUACAUGCAAUUCCCUCAUGACGUUGAAACUUCAAGGCAACAACAUUCUCGUGGAUGUUCCUCAAGUUGUUUGUCUCCCUUCCUUGAAGACCUUGAAACUUCAACGUGUGGCAUACUCAAAUGAAGACUCUCUUCGUCUGCUUCUAUCGCAUUGCCCUGUUCUGGAAGAUCUGCUUAUUGUGCGAGCUGUUACCCCUUCUUUGAAGUAUUUCAAAAUUGUGGACCACAGUCUUUUGAAGUACUCCUACUUGAUUGAGCCUAUGCCAGAGCUGGAAGAGGCAGAUAUUGAAGUUAUCAAAGGUAUCGAGAAGGUUCUCAAAUCAGUCACAUCUGUCAGACGUCUUACAUUACGUGCAUCAGGCGCCAAACAAGAAAAGGUAACCUGUUAA